CCCGAGGGCGGCCCUCUGCUCAUCCCGUCGGACUUCGGGACGGUGCUGUCGGUGAUGUACGUGGCCGGGGUGGCGGGCAACGUGUACACGCUGGUGGUGAUGUGCCACUCGGCGCGCUGCGCCGCCCCCAUGUACAGCUCCAUCGUCAGCCUGGCCCUGGCCGACCUGCUCUACCUCUCCACCAUCCCCUUCAUCGUCUGCACCUACCUGGCCCAGGACUGGUACUUUGGAGACCUGGGGUGCCGCAUCCUGCUCAGCCUGGACCUGCUCACCAUGCACGCCAGCAUCUUCACCCUCACCUUGAUGUGCACCGAGCGUUACCUGGCCGUCACGCGGCCCCUGGACACCCUGAAGCGCUCACGCGGAUACAGGAAGGUGACGGCGGGCGCCGUCUGGUCCGUGUCGCUGCUCCUCACUCUGCCCAUGAUGCUGAUGGUCACCCUGACCGAGGGGAGCAAGGCGGAGGGCAAGGUGAAGAGGAUGUGCGCGCCCACCUGGAGCAUGGACGCCUACCGGACCUACCUGACGGUGCUGUUCAGCACCAGCAUCAUGGCCCCCGGCAUCAUCAUCGGCUUCCUCUACACGCGCCUGGCCAGGACCUACCUGGAGUCCCAGCGGAACCCACCCCACAAGGAGAAGAGCAAGAGGUCCCCGCGGCAGAAGGUCCUCAUCAUGAUUUUCAGCAUCGUGCUGGUCUUCUGGGCCUGCUUCCUGCCUUUUUGGAUCUGGCAGCUGGUGCGACUCUACAGCAGCCCCCUGCAGCUCACCACCCAAACCCAAAAGUGCAUUAACUACCUGGUGACCUGCCUGACCUACAGCAACAGCUGCAUCAACCCCUUCCUCUACACCCUGCUCACCAAAAACUACCGGGAGUACCUGCGCAACCGGCACCGCAACUUCUACAGGUUCACCUCCUCCUUUCGCAAGAGGGGCUCCAACCUGCAGUGCUCCUGGGGACGCUCCAUGUCCUCCAGCAACCAAUACGACUACAGCUCGGAGGCCCUGGGCAUGGCCACGCUGAAGGACAAGUGAGGAAGAGGAGGCUCUCAGCAGACAUCAGGACCAGAAGAGCGUCUGGCCGAGCUCUCACCUUACCGGGGU